GUCAACUUUCUUAUAACGCAAUUCCUGGCGCUCGCGCUGGCCCCGUUGUUUCGCGGGAGCUUGCACCACGAGCGCGCGAGCGCGGCCCUGCGGCAUGGGGUGGCUCUCGCUCUCGGGCUGUUCUUUGGAUACUUCUGCUUCGGAGCACAAGCUAUACAUUUGGCUGGACUGCCUGCAAUAUGCUAUGUUGUCAUGCGUUUCCAGGAUCCGAAGAUUAUGCAGAAAGCUGUCCUUGCUGUUGCUCUGUUCUACCUAUCCUGCAUCCACCUGCAUCGACAAAUAUAUGAUUAUGGGUCUUAUACUCUUGAUAUCACAGGACCACUCAUGGUGAUCACACAGAAAGUCACCAGUCUUGCAUUCAGUCUGCAUGAUGGACUCACUCAGAAAGAAGAAGAUUUAUCUGGGAUCCGCAAAUAUCACGCCUUAAGGAAAAUGCCUACUGUUUUAGAAUACUUUGCAUACAUGUUUCACUUCCAAGCAUUAAUGGCUGGUCCAAUAAUAUUUUAUAGAGAUUAUAUUGAAUUUAUUCAUGGCCGGAAUUUCUUGACACAUUCAGGCACAAGUAUUAAAGUUGACAAUGCCAAUUACGCUGAAAAGGAGGUUGUUCUUGAACCCUCUCCUCUCUUAGCUGUAAUCAGGAAGGUUGUUGCAAGUCUUGUGUAUGCAAUCUUGCUCACAAAAUUUGUAUCUGUGUUUCCAAUCCGCAUAAUCAAAGAACCUGAAUUUUUGGAGCUUACAGCACCAUCUAAAAUGCUCUUCCUUAUGGUUGCUACAGCCGUGCACCGGUUCAAAUACUACCAUGCAUGGCUUUUAGCAGAUGCAAUUUGCAAUGCAAGUGGUUUGGGUUUUAAUGGAUAUGAGGAGGAUGGAAGUGCUCGGUGGGAUUUACAUUCAAAUAUUGAUGUUUUGGGUUUUGAGUGCGGACUGAACUUGCGAGACUGUAUUGAAAACUGGAACAAGGGAACAAACUGUUGGUUAAGGCUUGUUGUUUAUGAUCGAGUGAAGAAGAAAGCUACAAUGUGGACUUACGCUUUAUCUGCAUUUUGGCAUGGUUUUUAUCCAGGUUAUUACUUGACUUUUGCAAGUGGUGCCCUUUUCACAUUUGCUGCACGCAAGGUUCGUCGUCAUGUACGCCCAUUUUUUACAACCUCAAUGACACUUAAGGCAUUCUAUGACUUACUGACCUUCUGGACCACACGGGUCACCAUGGCAUACAUAACAUUCAGCUUUAUUCUGCUUGAGUUCUGGCCGAGUGUGCGCUGCUACCUGACAAUGUACCUGUACCUGCAUGUAAUGGCUGUGCUUGCCCUUAUUGGGCUACCUCGUUUACUUCCUCAGCCACAGUCCACAAAUAAGUUAAAUGACCAAUUGCUUAAAAUGCCUAAGGCAAAUGGAUUGAAAGCUGAGUAAUACUUUUUUUUGUUAUAAUGAAUUAUUUUAGAUUUUUUUUGUUGUUGUUAGAUGAUGUGUUUUGUAUUAACUUUUGUAUGUCCACAUACAAUGUGCAGAACAUACAUGCAACCUUAAAUUAUGCUUUCAUGUACAGCAGUGUUCCACUAAAACAUGUUAAAAGUCUCUUUCAGAGGCAAUUUUUUCUCUUUAUCUUCAUAAUGCAAACAAAUAACUCAGUUAUGUAUUGAACUGAUUUGUGUCUUGUGAUUAUUCUAUUGUUGCCCCGUUCCCACUGUUCUUGUUAAUUCUUAAGACUGUUGCACAUAAUUAUUAUUACUAAUAAUAUGUAUGACUUAUUAAAUUCUUAGUUAAAACACCGAGUUAAGCUAGCUUAAUUCCAUGGUAUAAAUGUGUAUUCUUUUUUACUUAUCAAUAAAAUAUACAUCUUUAUCAUUA